GUGGAUAUGGAGGGAAGAGAGAUUGAACGGACGAUGAGGGAAGGUGAGAGAGUCUAGGUUUUUGUGAAAUUUUUGUAUAAAUAUGAUGAAAAACAGUAAACAAAAGAGACUAAGGGAUGGGGUUGGCCGACAGCCACAAAAGGAGAUCCGUGGGGGUUUCCAUUCUCUCUCUGAUUCUGAGAUUUUGGUGACUUUUUUGGCCUCGAUUUCCUCUGAGCUUGAAUCUAAGAGUGGAAUUGGAGCCCUAACCUCUGUUUCUGGGGGCGAAGAUGGAAAUAGUUGCUACACAUACAAAUGUGAUUGUCCCUGAAGUUCUUAGAGGAGGUAACUACAAAAGGUGGAGCAUUUUAAUGCGGUACUAUUUAUUGGGUCAAGAUCUUUGGAAUGUUGUUCAACCAGACCAGUUGCCUGCUGGAGGAAAAAUGAGUAGCGAGUGGACGAAAAAAAAUGCAUUAGCUCUUCAUGCCAUUAUGAUUUCAUGUGGAAAGGAAAUAUUCAAUCAAAUAAAGGAGAAGGAUUCUGCUAAAGAAGUUUGGGAUGCAUUGGCUGAUAUGCACAAGCCCCAAAUUGUCCAUCAGGAAACUGUUGGGCGCCACCCAGAGAGGCGAACAGGGCCUGGAAAUCUUGAAAGGUCGCAAUAUGAGACCUUAAUUGAAGCCAUUUCCAAUGGAGAGCUGUGGAAAGUAAAGAAGUUCUUUAGAGAAAAUUCGAAUGCAGUAUCUGCAACUGCAAUAAUUUUUGAAAAUGGGUACACAGCUCUUCAUUUUGCAGUUUAUAAUGGGCAGGAAGAAAUUGUUGAUUACUUGAUUGAUUCCAACUUGUCACUAGACCAGUUGGAAAUAAAAGAUAAUUUUGGGAGUACGGCACUUUCCAUUGCUGCUCGUUACGGAAUCGGGAAAUCAAUUGCAAAAAAAUUAGUUAGAAAGAACCAAAAUUUGCUUACCAUCGAAGACGAAGACGGAAAGAUCCCAGUCGAAUUGGCCUGCAGCACAAUUCAAGAGAAAAUGAUAGGCUAUCUGUACCGUAAGACUCCACAAGAGUUUUUAAAGGAAGAAUGUGGCUUCUACAUCCUCCAAGCGUGUAUAACUAGGAAAAUGUUUGGCAUAUGGGUGAAGGCAUACGUCAUCAAAGGAUAUGAGCCUCGAUCGUUCGUACAAAAGAUCGGAGACUUCUAUCGGUCAUGUAAAAUGAUGGUCCAACACUCUUUUCAGAUGGGUCAAGAGGAGAAGCAAGAGAGGAUUUUUCAAAGGAAGAAUCAAGAGAGGAUUCAGAGAAAGAAGCAAGAGAGGAUUCAAAGAAAGAAUCAAGAGCGUAUUCAAAGGAUGAAUCAAGAGAGGAAAUCAUGUUUGGCCGUCUUGUUGGCAUUCAUAAUCCCGAUUGUGAUCCUACAGUACCUUGUUAUACUGAUCACUGAAUUAGAUCAAAGUAAAGCAGUGGAAGCAACCUUCCAGGCGAUCCAGAAUGGCAUCCCAGACAUUGUGAAAGAAAUUAUAAAAGCUAAUGCAAAUAAUGUAUUAUUGUGCAACAAAGAUCCUGAAGAUCCAUCAAGAAACAUAUUUGCUUGUGCUAUAGCACAUCGUCAAGAGGAAGUGGCACACCUUCUUUAUAAAUCUCAAAAGGAGAAGAACAUGCUUUUUGCCAUCGAUGAAGAUGGAAAUAAUAUAUUACAUCUCGCAGCAAAGUUAGCUCCUAACUAUCAAUCGGGUUACAUCUAUGCUGCAGCUUUACAAUUGCAAAGUGAAUUACGUUGGUUCAAGUCAGUAAAAGAAAUUGUUCCAGUAGCCUACAAAGAAGGCAAAAAUAAAGACAAUGAAACCCCCUCGGAAGUGUUUGUUAGAGAACACAAGGAUUUGCUAAAAGAAGCAGAAGAAUGGGUGAAGAAAACAGCAGAAUCUUCAACAGUCGUUGGUGCUCUUAUUAUUACAAUUAUGUUUGCAGUGGCUCUUACUGUUCCUGGUGGGAAUGAUCAAAUUACAGGUUUUCCCGUACUUUUGCACAAAACUCCGACACCGUUUAUGAUAUUUAUGGUAUCAGAUGCAAUUUCUCUUUUUACUGCGACCAGUUCAGUGAUAAUGUUUUUGGGGAUUCUGACUUCACAUCAUUCUGAUGAAGAUUACCGCAAAACCUUUCUCUUGAUUAUCGGCCUUACUUCACUCUUCGUAUCUAUUGCAACAAUGACCACAGCAUUUUGUGCUGCUCUUUUCAUGAUGCUACAAGGUCAAGGUGGAUUGGGGUUUGUCAUUCCUAUAACUCUGUUUGCUGGUAUUCCUAUCGUAUGCUACGUGUUGUUGCAAUUUCCUCUUCUGGUUGAGAUUUUGGGUUUGACUUUUAGCUCAAACAUCUUUGGUACGAAAAGAAUAUCGUCGAUGAUCUGGACAGCAGAGAGUGUCACUAGGGGGAUGAGGAACUUGAGGGGUUGAGGACAGCGGUAAAAAGUUCUUGCAAUUUCUAGUGAUGCCAGUGAAUUAGUCACUUAAAUGAAUGUUGCUUUGAAUAAAUUUUUUUUUUUUUAAUACAUGCGUUUCGCUUUGAAUAAAUGAUUGUUGUCAUG